UGUGGCUGUCGCUGACAGGUUGUGGAACUCGUUUCCAAGACGAAGAAAAGUGUGUGUGCAAUAGCAUAACAAAAAUUUCUUUCCUCGAUCUGGUUGCAACAAUAAACAACAAAUAAUAAUAACAAUAAGUGCAUUCAAAUACAGCGGGAAAACGUGCUGAGCCCAACUAAGUGGUGAGGCAAUGACAGUGCUCCAUUGGCCUAGUCCCAAACUGAAUGAAAACUAACUAAUUAUGUCAAGCAUGCGUGUGUGUUUGUGUGUGUGAAUAUGUGCGUGUACGUGUGCCUAAAAGGAUAACAAAGUGAGGACUCACAUAUAACAACAACAACAACAACAACAAACAAGUGCGAAGGAAGCAUCCCAAAAUCAACAUCAACUACAACACAACAACAACAACAGCAAUUGCUAGCCCGGCUUGAAUCUGAAACGUUGCUGACAAUAGAGUGGAGAGCAAAACAAAUCUGUUUGGUGCAAACACUUGAACGCGAUUUGUCGGCCUGGCGGUUGCCGCCGCCGAUGCCUCCGAUGCCUCGAAUGCCGUCGACGCCGCCGGAGCAACAAAAGAGUCAAAGUCAAUAAAAAAUCAAGUGAAAUAAUAAAAAGAGCAGAGCCACACAAAAGCAAACAAAACAUUUUCCGGUGACAUUAACACAACUGCUCGACAAUUUGUUUUAUCAAUUUUCAACAACGCCAACAACAGCAACAACAGCAACAACAAUAUAAGCGCAACAGCCAACAAGCCAACAAAAGCGUCGUUGAGAGUGCGAGCUUAGCUGCUGCGCUCGCAUCGAGCACGCACGGCGACGAGCCCGCCUCCGCCGACUCGUCCAGCCCAACCCCUUGAAAAGUGUUUGCCAACAUCCAGGCAGCAUCCUUGCCGGGGCAUCCGUAGCGAGAACUCACGUGUUGCCACACCACCGACACAAACACCCAACAACAACAGCAGUAACAGCAACAAGAAAAACAGAACCGGCACCACGACAAUGGCUGCAUAUGCGCAGUUCGGAUACGGUUACCCGACGGCAAAUCAGUUGAUUGGCGGACCGUCCGUGACCGCCGCAAUCGACAGCCAGAGCGGCCAUGGCGGUGGCUCGGUGCCAUCGCCUCUGUCCGGUACCAACGAGGCCUCACUCAGUCCCUCGGGUGGCUCUACAACGACCGGCGUUACAACAGGCCCUCUCAGUCCAGGUGCAAUCUCGCAGUCGUCCAACAAUGCGGGCUCUUCGACUGCAGCGGCCCUUGUCUCGGCCACGUCUCCGUCGGAGGCAGUUGGAAACGAUGUGGCCGGCUCCGCUUCAACAGAUGCCGCUGGACAUGUGCUCGAGACACGAAGCGGUGCCGACGGCAUGUCGUGCUGUGAAAACGGGCGUCCCAUCAUGACUGAUCCUGUAUCAGGACAGACGGUUUGCUCGUGCCAAUACGACUCGGCGCGUCUCUCGCUGAGCGGCUACUCGCGCAUGCCGGCAGCGGGUGUGGGAGUGUAUGGCGGUCCGUAUCCUUCCAAUGAACAAAAUCCUUACCCCAGCAUCGGCGUUGACAGCUCAGCCUUCUACUCGCCACUGAGCAAUCCCUAUGGCAUGAAGGAUAACAGCGCUUGCUCUGAUAUGAACGCUUGGACCUCGGCCGGCCUCCAGCCCACUUCCGGUUACUAUUCCUACGAUCCAACAUUGGCCGCCUAUGGGUACGGACCUAGCUAUGAUCUCGCCGCCCGCCGCAAGAACGCAACGCGUGAAUCGACGGCAACACUUAAGGCGUGGCUAAGCGAGCACAAGAAGAAUCCCUAUCCAACCAAGGGCGAGAAGAUCAUGCUGGCCAUUAUUACCAAAAUGACAUUGACGCAGGUCUCGACCUGGUUUGCAAACGCACGUCGACGCCUGAAGAAGGAGAACAAGAUGACGUGGGAACCAAAGAACAAGACGGAAGACGACGAUGAUGGUCUGAUGUCUGAUGACGAGAAGGAAAAGGAUCCAGAGAAUGGUUCCAAGUUGUCUGGCGACACAUUUGAUCACGGCAAUCAGCUCAUCAAAUCCGAGCUGGGAAAGGUUGACAAGGAGCUGGACAUGGAGCCAGCGGAGCAUGAGCGUGAGUCGCAGCAACAGAAUCUGGUAGCCAUGCGUGGGCUGGGGCCAUAUGCAGGAGCAAACUAUGCACCACAUGCAGCCUACAAUCCGUAUGGGCAGGCGCAGCCUCCGCCCCUGCCACCGCAGCAGCAACAGCAGGUGGGGGCACCCGCCUAUUACCAGCAUGGCUACGGACAGGAUGGCGGUGAUUAUGCCGUUCAAAAAAACCCGCUGAGCAGAGACUGUGGCAUACCGGUGCCGGCGAGCAAGCCCAAAAUCUGGAGUGUGGCCGACACAGUCGCCUGCAAGACACCACCGCCUACGGGUUACCUCGGCCAGAACUUCUAUCCACAAGCAUCAGCGUCGGGAUCGGCACCGGAGUCGACGAUGCAGAUGACCAGCAUGCCGCCGCAAGUAGAGCUCAGUUCGCCGCUGAGUAUGAUGAGCAGUUACGGCGCCGCAUCGCCAUAUUCGCGGAUACCUACGGCGUACACAGAGGCAAUGCAUAUAGGGCCGGGUCCGGGAUCAGUGCCGCCGCCCACUACCAAGGCCCCUAUCAUCCCUAUGCAUCGCGAUCAGUUGCAGGGGGCGGUGCAUUCACACAUCUCGACGCAGUCUCCUUACCCCCAGCAGCAGCGCGUGGGGUUUCCAGAGAUUCAGCCCGAUACGCCCCCACAGACGCCGCCCAAUAUGAAACUGGGCCAACACCAGCACCAACUCCAGCACAGCAACCACAGCAACAGCAACCCCAGCCACAGCAGCACUUCAGCUUCAGCCUUGGCGCUGACCCCCAUGGUCAAUAUGUGCUACAGUAAUGGGGCCGUUGCCUAUGCGAGUAGCGGUAGUGUGGGCGGCGGUGGCGGCGGUUUCAGUGGUCGAUCUGGUGGCUCGUAACGCCCCCACCACGUCGGCGACCUUGAACCAGAUACCAAACUCUUGCAAUAAACAGGCCCAGGCGGACAAGUGCAAACUUUGCAGGCAUUGCCAGCGAUAUGCCGGCGAGAUAACCACACUAAUUAUUUUGCAAUAAAUGUAGCUUAAGUACGGCAAUAAAACUUUAUUUCCUACCAUAUCGUAAA